UGCCACUGGACCCUGGCUGCAAGUUGGCCGUGUCGUGUGGUGUGGACAUGUGGCAGUGCUACUGCUACUGCUAGCUACUGGCCGCGUUGCUUGCUGGGAGUGGGAGUAUAAGCGUGAGGAGUUUGCUCAAGCUAGCUGGGAGAGAAAUUAAGGGAAGCAAGCAUACUCUAGCAAGAGCUGGUGCCUAGCUAGCUAGUAGAACUUGGGCGUCAUGGAUCAGCUUGACGAGCAGUCCUUCCUCGACGAGCUUAUGUCGCUGCGCCGGGAGGAGGCCCCGGUGCCGGCUCCGGCUCCGUGGCAGGCGUACCCGGCCAGCGGCAUGAUGACGACGACCGACCUCCUAUUCUACGGCGGCGAGGGCGCCGCCGAGGCGAGCAGCGGCAUGGACUUGGCCGGGCCCUUUCAGCAGCCCAUGGCGCCACCGCCGGCCGCGCCACCGCACCGGCCGCAUGAGGAGUUCAACUUCGACUGCCUCAGCGAAGUGUGCAACCCCUACAGGAGUUGCACCGGCGGCGGCGUCCCAGGGCCUGGCGUCGUCCACGCGGCCGGCCAGGCGUAUGCCCUCCACGACGCCAUGGCGGAGGAUCACCCAAGCUGCGGCAACCUGCAUCGCGGUGGUGGGUCGUCGUCGUCCCCGGUGCCGUUCGUGUUCGGAGAAGGAGGCGCCGGGGAGACCUCGGAGGAGAUGACCAGGGGCGUCUUCUCCGGCGGCAACCCUAGAAGCAAGCUCAACCGCGGCACUACGUCCAAGAACCUCAUGGCGGAAAGGCGGCGCCGGAAGCGUCUCAACGACCGCCUCUCGAUGCUCCGCUCCAUCGUGCCCAAGAUCAGCAAGGUGUGUCGCAACUCUCGCAUUAUAACUAUCGAUUUCUUAAUUUCUAUAGAGUACUAUCAGUCAUCAUCAAGGUGUGUAUCGAGUAUUAACAUCUUUAGAUCGCAUCAAUCGAUCAGUCUGCAGAUGGAUAGGACCUCGAUCCUUGAGGACACCUUAGACUACGUGAAUGAACUAACCGAGCGGAUCAAAACCCUCGAGGAGGAGAUCGGCGCCACGCCGGAGGAGCUGAACCUGCUGAACACCACGAAGAAUUUCUCCAGCGGUAGCAGCGAGGAGAUGCCGAUGAGGAAUUCCACAAAGUUCAUCAUCGAGAAACAGGGCGAUGUCGAAACGAGGAUCGACAUCUGCUGCGCCACAAGCCCUGGUGUGCUCAUCUCGACGGUGAGCGCGCUGGAGGUGCUGGGAUUGGAGAUUGAGCAGUGCGUUGUCAGCUGUUUCGGUGACUUCGCCAUGCAGGCAUCCUGCUCACAAGAGGAAGGGAGGAGCCGAGUGACAAGCACCGACGAGAUCAAGCAUGCAUUGUUCACGAGUGCAGGCUAUGGAGGAAGGUGUCUCUAGAUCGAUGGAGCACGCCAAUUCAUCAAUCAUGUAGCAGAACAAGCUGCUUGUAAUUUGGUAAUUAAUCAUCCGUGAGAUUUGUGUUUGCAUAUAUUUGCUUGAUUUGUUUUGAAAUAUAUCUGCAUGAAUCAAGCAUAUGUAGUGUUUAUGUUAGAUUUUUGAAUAGUAGUACUAUCUAAAGUUCAAAUGCUUGUGACAAGAUUGUAAUAGUUGGGUGUGUGUCCGUGAGUGUAAUGCAUGUGGAGUGGAGUAUUGGGAUUUGGCCGACAUGAAAAGA